AUGGUUCACAUUCUUUUGCUUGCAAGCCUUGCUGUAAGCAGUUCUGUUCUGGCUGCUCCUAAUCAUGUUGUUCCUGAUGCUCAGCCGACAAAUGCCGUUGCAAUUGAUCCAGCGCCCGUUGGGGUAUCCUUCGAGUUCUUUAUGUGGCCUUCUUACAUGACCAACAUCUCGUUGGCACUUCCUUGCAUUGAUCACUUCAACAAGCUGUACCACCGCAAAAUUCCUAUUCGAAUUGGAGGAACAACACAGGACAGAGCGACCUACGAUCCUACUUUUAAAGGUUACGUUUCAUAUAGCGUCGAUGACCCUCUGGAAGCUCCUAUGAGUUUGACUUAUGGACCAAAGUUUUUUGACUUAAUUAAGAAGUUUGGAAGCGAGACUAUUCUCGGCUUUAACCGAGGCCUCAACAAUAGGACUAACACCUUUGCUGCCGUCCUGAAAGCCAAGGAAAAGGUGGCCAAAUACCUCUGGGCAAUCGAACUUGGAAAUGAGCCAGACUUGUACUGGAAAUACUGGCAGUACCCAGUAGCCGAAGCGCCUUGGAACGAGACCCAGGAGGGCAAUGACGCAGCUGACUGGGCACAAGACUUUAUAAACCAUUGGAAGAGCCCUCUUCCCAUCCUAGCUGGAGGUGGAUAUACCAUUCCCAUUGAAAUCGAACCCAAUUGGCCCAAUCUGCCCUAUCUCAUCGGAAACAGCUACAACAUGACAGUCAAAGAUGCUACUAAAGUUUACAAUGGACACUUAUAUGCGUUUUCUAACGCUACCGCUGAUGAAUUGGGUUCUGAGAUGAAACAUCAGAGAGUUGUCCAGGACCUCAACCUGCUGCCCAUCUCCAGCGCCAAGGCUGCCGGAAGAUCUUACAUUCUAGGUGAAACCGGAUUUCAUGGGCAAGAUUUUGAAAUGGAUUCCACUUUUGGAGCGGCCAUUCAGGCAACUGACAAAACCCUUCGCGCAUUGACUGUCGGUGUUCAGCGGCUCUUCUAUCACCAAGGCACCAUCAACCAAGCGUUCUUCAACUGGUGGUGGAGUGACCAUGUAAAUGCCCCGUUCUAUGGUGCCUACUUUGGUGCUCUCGCUUUAGCCGGAGGAGACUCCAUCGUUGCCAGCGACGAUGGCACUGACCCCUAUGCUCAAUACAUCAUUUACAAGAACGGAAAAGCAUUCAAGGUCGUUUUGAUCAACACAGACUACUACUCUGGCAGUGGCAAACGCUCUGAAACCAAGUUCACUCUUAGUGGGCUGAAAACCAAUUCCGUCAGGGCCCUCCGCAUGACUGGACCAAGCAGUGAAACAACUGUCCCUAUCACACAGACCAAGUCAUCUCCCCAGCCUAGCAUCGGAGGUCAAUUCUUCUCAAACAAGAACUGCGAGUUGGCCGGAAAGCAAAAUACUGAAAAGCUUUCAGUCAAGAAGGGAAAAUUAGAAGUGACUCUCGAGGCUUCUGAAGCAUUGAUUGUUUAUCUCUGA